AUGGCCAUUACGGAUUGGGUCAAACCCAACGACAAGAGCGGCGAGUUCAAGAGACAGCAAAGUGUGUUCAGGAACUGGAUCGAGAACAAGCCCGAGGCUGAAUUCCCGGCCGAGAAAGGUCGAUAUCAUCUCUACGUCUCAUAUGCAUGCCCAUGGGCACACCGGACGCUCAUUGUGCGCGAGUUGAAGGGUCUCCAGGACAUCAUCUCAUACAACAGCGUACACUGGCACAUGGCGGAGAAGGGAUGGCGGUUUGUGACAUCGGAUGAGAAACUACCUGGCGAGACAACACCGGACCCGCUGCACAAGGACUUUACCCAUCUACGCGACAUCUACUUCGAGCAGAACCCAGAUUAUGAGGGAAGGUUUACAGUGCCGACGCUUUAUGACAAGAAGACAAACAGGAUUGUGAGCAACGAGAGUAGUGAGAUCAUCAGGAUGCUUUACUAUGCCUUCGAUGACCUAGUGGAGGACAAGUACAAGGGAUUGGACUUGUUCCCUGAGAAGUUGAGAAAGGAAAUUGAAGAGAUGAACGACUGGGUGUAUAACGACGUGAAUAACGGCGUGUACAAGUCUGGGUUUGCUACUUCCGAAGAAGCAUACACCAAAGCCGUAACACAGCUCUUCAGGUCCCUCGACCGUCUCGAAUCCCACCUCUCCGAAUCCUCGACGCCGUACCUCCUCUCUUCCCCUACCGUGACCGAGGCCGAUAUCCGACUCUAUACUACCAUUGUGCGCUUUGAUCCGGUUUAUGUACAACACUUCAAGUGCAAUAUCCGCGAUAUCCGCUCCGGCUAUCCAUAUCUUCACAAGUGGCUCAGGCAUCUGUACUGGGACUUACCCUCCUUCGCAAACACGACCGAAUUCGAGCACAUCAAGAAGCACUAUACGAAGAGCCAUGGGCAGAUUAAUCAGUUCCAGAUCACGCCGAUUGGGCCGCUACCGGAUAUCUUGGGCAAGGAGGAUGAGGUCCCGUCUGUAAAGGCGGCAUUGAAGAAGGGCUGA